UAAGUGUCAAAAAUGUCGUUGGAUUUAAAUUACUUAUAAUUUUAUUACAAUUAUUUUAGUACAUCAAUGAAAAUAUCACUUACGUGACAAUGGUGAAGCAAUUGAGAUAAUAUACAAAUAUACAAUCCAAUUAAUUAUGGAAAUUGAGAGAAAAUCAAAGUAUUUUUGUGUUUAGGUAACUUUGGCGGGUUUUAUACAAACAAUAGUUUAAUGGCCGCAAAUGUAUAGGGUUCGGAUGGAGUUGUGUCAAGAUCGAAGACGCUACGAAUAUUCAAUUCGAUAUGUUUGUUAGUUGUAGUAAAAGUCUCGUCUGGUUCUCACCUCAAAAAUGACGUCUGCAAAUAGUCUAACAAAUCCGUUGAAGAAAAACAUUCUUCAACAACAAACUGCAGUUCCUGAUAGCACAACCUCUGUAGAAAAAGAAAUGUCCGAGUUUUCGAUUGGACAGGAUGUUCUUGUGAAACAAAAAGAUGAGAGGUAUUAUUUUGGAACUGUUGUCCAAGUUAAUAGCAUAAGAGAGCAGUGUUUGGUGAAAUUUGGAGACAAUACUUACAAUUGGUCUACUUAUAAGGACCUAACAAAGUUGAGUACUCCAGAACAGGAAGAUUUAUUGUGUGUUGUAUGCAAAAAAUCGGCUCCCAAGAAAGAGCAAGAAAUUACUGUUUGUGAUCAAUGUGGUAGGGGAUACCAUCAGAAAUGUCAUCAGCCAGAAAUACCUAUUAGCUGCCAAAAGGAGGGUGCUACAUGGAUGUGUAAAAGAUGUGUUGAAAAUGACCCAAACAGACUGAGGAAAAGUGAUCUAAAACACCAACGAAGAGAUUCUUUGCGAAACUUCUCAUCUUCAUGCAAUCAAGAAAUCCAAGUGAUGCCUUCUUCCACAGUAAAAGUAUUUCCCUAUGAUCUAAACACGCUGAACUGGGAUACAUAUCAUAGAGUAAAUAGUGAACAAAUCUAUUGUUACUGUGGAGGUAACGGAGAGUGGUAUAAACAGAUGUUACAGUGUGGAAGAUGUAGACAGUGGUUUCAUGAAGGGUGUCUCGAUUUCCUGCAGUAUCCAUUAUACUGUGGUGAUAGGUUCUAUGUAUUUGUAUGUUCGAUAUGCAAUCAUGGAAAAGAUUUUCUGAGGAGGUUAGAGAUGAAAUGGGUGGAUCUGGUACAUUUAAUGAUAUUUAAUUUAACCGCAUAUAACUCCAAAAAGUAUUAUGAUUUGGAUACUGUCGUCAUUCCUUAUAUUAAUGAUAAUUGGCAUGCACUACAGCUACCACCAAAGAUUGCAAAUGUAACUAAGUCUGAAAGAAGAGAGAAUAUUAUGUCUGUCCUAACAAAUAAUCGUAACCGUUUCAAAUGCGGGAGAGAAAUUAAAAAACGUACUACUAUUUGGGGAUUACGGGUUCGUCUUCCCCCACCAGCGCCAUGCAUUACUCUUCCCCAAACUGGUCCAGUCACCGAAGAAGAUUUGCAGGAACUGUGGCAAGGAAAUAAAAGACUGCAGUUUUUGAGUUUAGAUAAAAAUGCCCCCGUUAAGAGAAUAGUUGCGUCUGAUACGCAAAUGAAAAAUAUCAUGAUGGGAGUUUCCUAUCAGCAAAAUACUGGGCAUUCGGAAACAGACUCACCUUGUCCCAGCCCAGAAAUUGCUGUUGAAGAACCAGUAAUUGAAAAUAACAUUGAUAAUAUAGUACAAAAAAGAAGUUAUAUAGGUGCUGGAUGUGCCAAAAAGAGUGUACCUUUCAAAAAAAUGAGCCUGCAAAGAAGAAAAAAGUUGCUGGCCUUGAGCAGCAGAGAAAGAGAUAGGAUUUUGAAAAGACCCAAGAAACGGAAAAUCUGCGAGGAAAAUUCAAAUGCCUCUAAAGAAGGACACAUGAAAAGACUUAGUUUAGAUAGUAAAAAUAAUAAAAGUAACGAAACACUGCCACCGACUCCCCCGACAUCUGUAAGUGCACCUCCGACACCACCUGCUUCUACAUCUUUAAUAUCAGAGUUGAGUAAUGAUUUCUCAGAAAGCUCUAAUAACCAAACCAAAGUAACUAGUUCCAGAAAAUCUAAUUUAUUGGAAUUAAACUCUGAACUGAAUACCCCUUGUGAUACGUCGGGGGAUGAAACCAGUUCCAAGAGUACCUUGGAUACAAUAAUUCCCCCUCCAAAAGAUUUUGAAGGAAAGAACAAUCCGUUCUUGGCAUUGUUGAGAGUUGUGUCCGAGGAUGCAAAUCAGAAAAGUAAAAGGAAGAGCAAAGAUAUUACCCUUCCUUUACCCCUGACAGCUGUGAUACCCGGAAAGCCAGUGAUGAGACCUAUGAAGAGGCAGUUGAGUGAGAAGGAUAUAGUUAUCGGCCCAAAUGGACAAGUUAAAAGGAAACGAUUUCGUAGGGGCAGGAACCCCAAUAUUAACUAUUCCAGUGGUCAGACAGCUAGUAAAUCUGCUGCUGUGGUGCCUGUAAAACCUGACAAAGAGUGGAACCAGAGGACAAGUAGCUCACCAAAUAGUACCAAUCUUGGUAAUUGUGUGGAUUAUGCCUUUAACGGGCGGCGGUUGCGACAGAGACCUGAGAAGCCUCAAGAAAAAGACAAAAUCUCCAAUCCACCAACUCCAAAACCCAGCCCUGUCAAACAGGAACCUGACAUCAGUAUGGACGAUCUCAAAAGUUCCGUUAAUAUUUAUUUUGGAGCUGCGAAUCGUAUUGCAACAGGAGAAAGAUUCGUGGUGAAAGCCAAAAGAAUUGGACCCAAUGGUAAAAUGGACUAUUUGAUAGAAUGGGAGGGGCCUAGUACAGGAAUGACUUGAUGAGCAUGCAUUAUUUUGCUUAUCCUAUCCAUUGUAGUGCUUUGAGGCUGUUAGGGGGGCACAGAUUUUUUUUUAUUUCUUUCGGCUGUUCGAGGGAGUCUACUGCUCAAAAUCGUACAAAAUAUGUUAUAGGUAAGAUGUUAGGUUACCUAAAUAUGUGUCUUAUUUCAAAGUUCUAAAAGGUUUUUUUCGAUGUGGUUGCCGGAAAUGUUGUUUUAAAGAAGGUACAUUAUUCGUUUGACGCAUAUUUUUUUCCAAAUUAUGCUGUUUCAUUUUCUUUAAUGAUAUUGUCAUAUACAGUGUCAUCUAAAAGAAUAAUA